UCAUGAAAUUGAAAGAAAAAUAGUGGCGUAUGUGUUUAAUUUGGAGAAACAUACGGAUUAACGAAGAAGCAAAGAUCUAUGUUAUAUAUCGUCUUAUUUAUUACACCAGAAUCAUAUCUCUGAUAACUCGAAAUUUAAUAAAUACUAACUUGUUUAAACUUACUGCCAAGAACUGUCUUGUUUGACAAUGACGUGGGUGUAAUCCUGAGAAACAACAGCUGUCUGGAAUCCAUAAAGAGAGAAUAAAGAAACCAUGGUGAUUAGACAUGGCCAAUAACCCUUUAUUUUCCUGCAUUACGGGUAAAACAGGCAAGCGCUUUACUUAUAACCUGGAAUCAAGUAGAGACAGUCCUUUGCCUGGUAGUUAUAGACCCCUUCAGUCCAGCAAUGUAAACAUGCAAGGCUCUAACAAUCAGUCUCCGAGAGCAAAGAGAAGAAAGACCGAGGAAAAGGAGGAGGAGGAAGAGGAGAAAUGGGAUGACGAUUUUAUGUUGACACAGGAAAACAUUGCCGAGUUAGAUGAAAUGGCCAGGGCAGCCAUCACCGGGCAGACAAAACACCGUGGGACAGAUCCUGGCCCCUCAACCACCCCUUUGUCUCGGCAAACAUUUCCCAAGGCUCCUUCUGCUCCAACGUUCAUGCACAAGACUUCCACCCCUUCAGGCAGAGUGACGUUUAAGCCCCCAAUGGGUCCCGGUGUGUCAAACAUUUCACUUCCUCAUCAUUCCGAUUCCAGCUCCUCUAAGAAUACUAACUCCUCCAGAAAUUCUAGCACCACACCAUAUCCUGGUUCCCUUUCUUCGGGCAGAAGGUCCACCAGUUUAUCUUCGCAUGAUAACUCUUCGAAAUCUGCUGGAUCAGUGGAGAUUCCUUUCCAGCCCCCAAACAGGAAACCAAAUCUGUCCUCCAGUAGUAGCUCCUCAGUGUCCUCAGAGAGCCUAGGAAUGAAGAGUCCUAUAUCUGAGGGCAUUAGAGAGGAGCUGGAAAACUACAAACAGCAAUGUGAUCUCCUUAAAGUUGAGAUGGAAUCCAUAAAACAAGAACUGUAUGUUAAGGAGGGAGAAAACAAAAUUCUUAGAGAGAAACUCGAAACAAAAGAAGCAGAACUCAGUGCAAGUAAACAACAAAAACUCAAGCUCACUGAGCAACAAAUGAAGGAACAAUCACAGAGAGAGAGGCAGCUCAAGGCCGAGAUACAGAGUCUCAACACUCAACUGCAGUUCAAAGAGCGAGACUUGGCUGAGCUAAGGGAGAAAUGUCGAGAUUUAGAGACUUCUGUGUCUGCUGCAGGAGAUUCACAGAUUCCGUCAACUUCCUCGGCACACCAUAGUCCAAGGGUCAGAAAAGUUGUGGUGUCGCCGAAGGGAAAACGGAGCGGGUUCCCGAGUACAAAGUCUUUUUUAGUGGAGGAGGGAUCUCAGCUUGUUCAACCUGCACAAAGUAAAAAGGAUGAUGUGGAGAUGAAAGAUGCUGCAAUAACUGCUGAUAUCAAGGAGGAAACAGAGAAGAAGGGCAGAAAUAGAAGAUUUCAACUUAAAGUGGAACCAUCAAAAGGCACUGUUACUGGUAACCACUUCCUGUCUAAGCUCUCUGAGGUGAGUUUACAAGGAUUACCCGGUCCAGGGAGCAUUCCAGACAGAGGGCUAAUGGGAUUACUCCAGAUGAAUCCUCCAUCCAUGGAUCUGCAGUCCUUCCUGUUUGACAGGGACAGCACUAAACUGCUCUCACCAAUUCCAACCAAAAGAAUGUCUGACAAAAAGCCUGCUAUUGACAGACCAAAGCUGAGGCCCAUAGUGUCAACAAACAGUUACUCAAGGGCAAUGGAAGGCAUACACAGCAUUCUGAGUGGUAGUAACCAAUCACCUCUCAUCUCUCUUCUGGAUUUGUCUCAUGCUAACAUAUCAAGUGAGCAAUCAGCAAGCUCCUUACAACCACAGGGCUUGUCUUCUGAAAGCCAAAGUGCCCUCUUGUUUUUACCCUUACUUAAUGACUACCUGUCCAAUUACAUCGAGAUGAUGAACUGUUACGUAGAAAGAGGACAGACCCUACUGAGUCCUCAGAGCUCUUCAUCGUCUUCAUUUGGACCCUCCAGCUCAUCAGAUAGUACAAUGGACUCGCUUAGCAGCUCGUUGAACACACUGUUGCGAGAUGGUGCAGCCUAUGCUAAUAGUUUGGAGUCGCAGGCUCUCAGUGCUCUUACUGUUUUAUAUAAACUUGUUCUCUAUUGUGAUGCUGUAAGGGACAUUCUGUUGUGUUCUGAUGACGUCUUAUCAGACUCCAGUGUAUCGAGUUUUGAGAAGGUGGUGGAAGAGGAGAUGGACCAGGAUAAUCCCCCCUCCUCUCUAAGCUCCAUAUCCAGUAGUCAAAGCAGCACUAACAGUGUCAGACAGAGUGUGCUGGACUGUCAUAUGUUAGGCAAGAUCAUCAGACUGGCCAAUCCUGGCAAGGCUUCUAGUGAGGGGGAGGAGCCAAGGAAAUAUAAUGAAUGGGUAGUACACAAGGCAUUGAGUAUCAUCAGGGUUCUAAGUGAGAACUGCAGAGAUGACCAGCUAGCCCGCAUACUUCCAGUCAUUGGAAAAGGUGUGCUCUCUAAUUGUUUGAAAUGUUCAUCUACCCCAGCUGUUGUCUUGGGAGGGCUAGACACCAUGUGUUCAUUAAAUAAGCAUGAGAAAGCUGUUUUGAUGGCUUGUUCCUGUCCAAAUCAAUGUGUUCUUUUGCCACUAUAUCAGCUGUGCUCUUCACCAGUAGCCUUGUUUUCAGAUGAGAUCUUGGUAGAAUUUGCAGCAAAGACUUUAAGAUGCCUUUCCAGUGUUGGGAGUCAUAAUAAAGAAGGAAUGAAUCUUCUGUUGGAUACACAAUGUAAAUCUCAGCUGCAGAAAUCAACAGUGCUUCUUUUGCACAAGAUUUUAUUGCAGUAUCAAUUAAAUCAAUCUUCUGAAGCCAAAAGAGUUCUUCAGAAGGGGACAUUAUUCCUACAUAAUCUCAGCCAAGUUGAUGGCCAGUUUGAAGAACAUCACUAUGUUGUCCAGCAUCAGUAUGUGGAACUGAUUUGUGGUUUAAACACCUUGUUUAAACCUGCAGAGUAUGAAAAUGAAAGGUGUGCAAUAGCAGAGUUGUGGUAUUUUGGACGGGAGGACUCGGAUUCUUCUCAGGAUGAUGACGAUGAUGAAAUGGAAAUCAGCUGAUAUUUAUCCAGAGUAACAAAUCACAUAUUGACCAAAUCAAGUGACCUUGUAGUACAUAAAAUGUCUAUUUUUGUAUUUGGAUUUUAUAAAUGGCUACAUUAGAGUGUUGUGAACAUUUGUGCAGAAAAAAAAAAUUGUUACUAUGUAUAUAACAUUAGGAAUAUGAAUCAACUAAAUAUCAGUUAAGUUAUAUUGUAUAAAAAUGUAUUGUGUAGAUAUAUAGAAAAAGGACACAAGUUACACCUUAGCUGUUAUUAAUGAUAGUAAACUUGAAAGUUAUGGAAUUACUCCUGUUUGUUAAAGAGUCUCUCAUUGUUUGUUGAAAUAAACAAUAAUAUAUUUGUUA